UCCUUUUACUGUUUGUACUUAAAAAGUAGACCUUGACUGUCUUGCCACAAAAAGAGAAAUAUCCAUAAAACCAUUUGACAAACUUUAACCAAAAUUGACAAAAUUUAUACAAGUAUAUCUUCCCCUUUCGAUCCACACUCAAAAACUCACAGCUCAAAGAGAAACUGAAUGAAUACACGGACUCAAAAUAUGAUGAUGCAGUCGGUGGACCCGAUUUUCUUUUGCGGAUUCGAGAUCUUUGGGCGAGUGCAGGGCGUGAAGUUGCGAAAACAGACCCAGGACUUGGCCACGCUCAGCCAGGUGCGGGGUUGGGUGAUGAACACCGACGAGGGCACGGUCAAGGGGGAGCUGGAGGGCCCACUGUCCAAGGUCAACGAGCUCAAGUUCUGGCUACUCAACUUUGGCAGUCCCGGGUCCGUUAUCGAGCGGGCCAAGUUCACGCCCACCAGGGAGAUCAACUCCCACACCUUUAGGCGCUUCUCCAUACGUUAUCGCCCAACUCCUGCCAACAAGAACGUGGAUUAGCAGAAUUCCUUAAGAUCCAUCGGGAAGAGGAAUCUCUGUGUGUGUGUGUUUUGUCCAGUACCAAAAUUCUAACUGUGUUUUGUUCUAACAACCGUCGCUUCACGGAACGUUCAUUUACAAAAGCCUACAAAGUGAAAAAACAGGCUGGCAGCCACUAAUUAAGCUUCGCAAAGAAAUACUCAGUGCAAUUACAUGGCACAUAUGUGUGUAAAUACACUGAAAAUAAAAGAAAGCUAGCCUGAAAAA